AUGGAGGAAUACCGCGUCGGUCUGGAGGAGACCAAAGCAAAUUGGGCCAUGUGCAAGCGGGCAGUGGCCAAUGAGGGCGCCGUCGGAGCUGGAAUGAUGGCGACACCAAGGGUGGAUACCCCCAAACCAAAAGAGUUCAAUGGCAAGCGGGAUGCCAAAGAACUAGACAACUAUAUGUGGCAUAUGGAGCGCUACUUUGAAGCUUUGAACAUGCAAGACGAGUAUGUCAAGAUACGUACUGCCUCUCUCUACCUUACUAAUCUUGCUGGUACUUGGUGGCGUCGUAAGCAUAGUGAGAUAGAUAAGGGUACUUGCACCAUUAACUCUUGGGAAGAGUUCAAGCGGGAACUCAAGAAGCAAUUCUAUCCUGAGAAUACCGUGAAUUCUGAGGCCAAACCCCUUGAUGGCGUAACUCACGGGGUGGAGCUACAACUUGGCACUUGGAAAGGUAAGGUGGAUUUCUCAGUCGCUCCUAUGGAUGACUUCAACAUCGUGUUAGGGAUGGAAUUCUUGAGACAGUUCAAUGUAGUGUCUCUUCCCUACUAUAACUCGGUGUGCAUCUUAGAAGGGGGUCCAUGCAUGAUACCCACUGUGUCCAAGCCAAACACCACCCAGCUUCUAUUCGCCAUGCAAUUCAAGAAAGGAUGGAAGAAGAGCGAGGUGUCUUACUUGGCUUCUAUGAAGGAAGGUGAAGUGAAGAUUUCCUCCCCUCCACCCAAGGAAAUCCAAAGGGUCCUCAGGGACUAUAAGGACGUCAUGCCGGCAGAAUUGCCCAAGCAACUACCACCUAGGAGAGAGGUGGAUCAUCAGAUUGAGUUGGAACCCGGCGCCAAACCACCCGCCAAAGCCCCUUAUCGCAUGUCACCUCCAGAGCUUGAAGAAUUAAGGAGAUCGGGAUAUUAUCAAGUGAGGAUUGCGGAAGGGGAUGAAGCAAAGACAACUUGUGUAACUCGCUAUGGAGCAUACGAGUUCCUAAUGAUGCCCUUUGGCCUCACAAAUGCUCUAGCCACCUUCUGUACGCUCAUGAACAAGAUCUUCCAUCCCUAUCUUGAUCAAUUUGUGGUAGUCUAUCUAGAUGAUAUCGUCAUCUAUAGUUCUACCCUUGAAGAACAUGUGGAGCAUUUAAGGGUUGUUUUCCGUGUCUUAAGGGAAAACCAACUCUAUGUCAAGAAGGAGAAAUGCUCAUUUGCACUAAACGAAGUCCAUUUCCUUGGCCACAAAAUCCAAGGUGGAAAACUCAGCAUGGAAGAAGGGAAAGUUGAAGCCAUCAGGAAGUGGGAUCCUCCCACUAAGGUUACCGAACUCCGAUCCUUCCUUGGGCUUGUCAACUAUUAUAGGAGAUUUAUAAAAGGAUACUCUACAAGAGCAUCCCCCCUCACCGACUUGCUCAAGAAGAACAGGACAUGGGAGUGGUCAUUAAGGUGUCAGGAAGCCUUUGACGAUCUGAAGACAGCCAAUACGGAAGAACCGGUCUUGGCCCUACCAGAUUGUACCAAGCCUUUUGAGGUACAAUCCGAUGCAUCAGACUUUGCCAUAUGGGGAGUUCUCAUGCAAGAGGGACAUCCCAUUGCAUAUGAGAGUCGCAAACUCAAUGAGACUGAGAGGCGAUGA